AUGUCACUUCCGGAAUAUUUUGUGUUGCCGGGAGGCGAUCGGAUGCCGCGAAUUGGUUUUGGAACUUGGCAGGCUUCCGAUGAUGUGUUGGAAAAAGCAGUAGAAGAGGCUUUGGCGGCUGGUUACCGCCAUUUUGAUUCUGCUCGCGCCUAUGAGAACGAAGCCGCUCUUGGACGUGCAUUAAAGCGCUGGAUUGGCGCGGAUCCGGCGAAAAGGAAGGAACUAUUUGUUGUCACUAAGUUACCACCUGGAGGAAACAGACCAGAGCUGGUCCCAGAAUACUUCGAUGCUUCGUUCCGUGACCUCGGCCUGGAUUAUAUAGACAUGUACCUAAUGCAUACUCCCUUCGCGUUUGAGCAUGUACCUGGCGACCUGCAUCCUAAAAAUCCUGAUGGCAGCAUGAAAGUGGAUCUCACUACAGAUCUUAUUGGUGUUUGGAAGGCCCUACUAAAACUAAAACAGUCAGGAAGGGUUCAUCACGUAGGCGUAUCAAAUGUGAACGAGGAGCAACUGAGAAGGCUAAACGCUGUAGAGAAGCCGGCAUGCUUACAAAUCGAAAUACAUUUAUUAUGCCAGCAGCGGUCACUAAUCGCCGUCGCUAAGGAGCUCGGAAUACCGGUGGUCGCCUACUCUCCACUAGGAUCUAAGGCUCUUGCUGAUGCUUUAUCUGCUAAAACAGGCCGCGAAUACCCUGACCUACUGCAGUUGCCAGCUGUAGUGAAAAUAGCGGAAGCACACGGACGCACGCCAGCCCAGAUACUGCUUAGACAUUUGCUACAGAGUGGAGUUGCGGCCAUACCAAAGAGCACCAAUCCCGCAAGGAUUAAACAGAACAUCUCUGUAUGGGACUUUGAACUGACAGAAAGCGAGAUGACUGAGCUGUCCGCACUAGACCGUGGGGAGAACGGCCGAAUUUGUGAUUUUGGUUUCUUUCCAGGCAUUGAAAAGCAUCCCGAAUUUCCUUUUAAGAAAUAA